AUUAUUCCAUUGCACUCCCUCCCCCCAGCAAACAAAACUAGUGCAAAAAUUCACUUCUCUUCUCAUUGCACUCUAGUUCCUUGUUGGGUUUUAUCAUAUUCACUUUUGUUACUUUCUAGCCCAUUUGAGCGAUACCCAUCUCCUUUUUUUUUCUUUUCAUAGAGCACAAGCCUUCCCUUCAUGUGCUCAUUUUCAUGUUGUUCUUUGUAUAGCAGUUUAGAUUAGAUUAUCGUAUUAUGGUGUGGAUGACAGGAUGAUUAGGACACCAGUCCUUAACAAAACCCAUCUCUUGUUAUCCACAAAAGAUCCAAAACUCACAGAAUUUGACUUGAGGUUGAAGGAGCAGGAAUGUUUGUCCCUGCUGAAGAGAUGCAAGAGCAUGGAAGAGUUGAAGCAAGUCCAUGUCCAAAUCCUCAAGUUUGGACUCAUUUGGGAUUCCUUCUGUGCAGGCAACCUUGUGGCCUCUUGUGCUCUGUCAGAUUGGGGCAGCAUGGACUAUGCCUGCUCGAUUUUCCGGCAACUCGAAGAACCGGGUACUUUUGUAUUCAACACCAUGAUCAGAGGGCAUGUCAAAGAUGCAAGCUUUGAGGAAGCUUUACUUGUUUAUUAUGAGAUGAUUGAGAGAGGAAUUGAAGCUGACAAUUUUACUUACCCGGCUCUUCUCAAAGCUUGUGCCCGGUCACUGGCACUUGAGGAAGGGAUGCAAAUUCAUGGACAUAUCUUCAAGCUUGGGCUUAAAGAUGAUGUCUUUGUGCAGAACAGCUUGAUUAGCAUGUAUGGAAAGUUUGGAGAGGUAAAACAUUCUUGUGUUGUUUUUGAGCAAAUGGAUCAAAAGACUGUUGCUUCUUGGAGUGCUAUUAUUGGAGCUCAUGCUAGUUUGGGGUUGUGGUGUGAGUGCUUGAUGCUUUUUGGGGAUAUGAGUAGUGAGGAACUCUGGAGGGCUGAAGAAAGCACAUUAGUUAGUGUGCUUUCUGCUUGCACUCAAUUGGGUGCUCUUGAUUUGGGAAGGUGCACACAUGGUUCCUUAUUGAGGAAUAUUAGUGGACUCAAUGUUAUAGUACAAACUUCUUUAAUAGACAUGUAUGUCAAAUGUGGAUGCCUAGAGAAAGGAUGGCGUCUCUUCCAAAACAUGGCCAAGAAAAACCAGUUGUCCUACACUGUAAUGAUCUCUGGGCUAGCCAUGCAUGGACAUGGUAGGGAAGCUCUAAGAGUUUUCUCAGAAAUGCUUGAGGAAGGUUUGGUGCCAGAUGAUGUUGUCUAUGUUGGUGUGUUGAGUGCUUGUAGUCAUGCUGGUCUUGUCAAUGAGGGACUCCAAUGUUUCAAUUCCAUGAAAUUUGAGCACGGGAUUGAACCAACUGUUCGACAUUAUGGUUGUUUGGUAGACCUCAUGGGGCGAGCCGGCCUGCUCAAUGAAGCCUUUAAGCUUAUCAAUAGCAUGCCCAUUAAGCCAAAUGAUGUCGUGUGGCGAAGCCUUCUUAGUGCCUGUAAAGUUCACCAUAACUUGGAACUAGGGGAGAUUGUUGCUAAGAACAUAUUCCAAUUAAAUUCACGUAAUCCUAGUGAUUAUUUGGUGCUAUCCAAUAUGUAUGCUCGAGCUCAGAGAUGGGAGGAUGUCGCUAGGAUUAGGACGGAAAUGGUGUGUAAGGGCUUCAAGCAAACGCCAGGAUUUAGCCUUGUUGAGGUGAAGAGAAAAGUCUAUAAAUUUGUUUCACAGGACACUUCUUACCCACAAUGUGAUGACAUUUAUGAGAUGAUCCACCAGAUGGAAUGGCAGUUGAAGUUUGAAGGCUAUUCCCCAGACACAUCACAUGUGUUGCUUGAUGUAGAUGAAGAAGAGAAGAGGCAGAGAUUGAAAGCUCAUAGCCAAAAAUUAGCAAUUGCUUUUGCACUUAUACAUACAUCUCAGGGAUCUCCCAUAAGGAUAGCUAGAAACCUCAGGAUGUGUAAUGACUGUCACACAUACACUAAAUAUAUUUCAAUUAUCUAUGAACGAGAGAUUACUGUAAGAGAUCAUUAUCAGUUCCAUCAUUUCAAAAAUGGAACAUGCUCUUGUAGGGAUUACUGGUGAAAUUGAUUGACAUUUCUGUCCUAGCAUAAUGAUUCAUGGAGAAACUUCUUUCUCAUUCCAUGUUAACAAAACACAAUUAUUAGAGAGGAGAUUGAAUAAACAAUAUUGGGAAUUCCUUAAACAUUUUUCGCUUGUUGAUGCAUUUCCGUCAUGUAAGGAAAAUGCACACAUGUUAGAAAGGGGAAAAAAGUAUAUGCAAUGCACAAGAUUAUUAGGAGGGCAUUUCAGGAUGAUAAACAAGAAGCUGUACACUUGCAGUAUCAUACAAGGUAUCAAGAACAAAUGUCUCACUGGCCUGAACAGGCGGUUAAUAUAAUUAUGAAAUGGCUAACAGGUCGCAACCCUUCUUUGGUUGUAGCUGAUUUUGGCUGUGGGGAUGCACGCCUUGCUAAAAAUGUGAAGAAUAAAGUGUUCUCCCUUGAUCUUGUCACAAAUGAUCCCUCAGUAAUUGUUUGUGACAUGUCCAACACACCGCCGUUCACUCAUAGGGACUAACUACCCAAACUAUCUCAAGGAAGCACACAGAGUCCUUAAGCCUUGGUUUGCACCCCACUUUGUCAAACACUUUCACAUUAUGUGAUUCGUUUUUUCAGUUA